AUGGCGACAUCCGGCGCCCAGGGCGCCUCCCGUAAGACGAAUGGAGUACUCCCGGCCUCUGGCCAGCAGCCCGCUGCAGAUGCGACAAAGUCCAACAAGAGCCGGACUCCUGUCGAAGGCGACAAAGUGGUUAUUCGAAGGCUGCCGCCUGGCAUGACAGAGCAAGAGCUGUGGAACAACCUUGGUGAUGAGUGGAAAGCUGGAAACGGCCUCGUCAGCUGGCACAACUUUGUGCAGGGAAAGAUUUCACAAGACCCUGCGAAGCCCUCGAGGCCAGGGAGAGUCUACCUCCACGUCUUGAAGCGCGAAAGCCUCAAUGUUCUGUCAAAUCUGAUUCAAGCCAAAUCCUGGGAAGACGCCAAGAUGACCUCCAACAGCGCUUCUCUGGUCGGUCCUCCAGUUCUCGAGUUUGCGAUUUACAACAAGAUCCCGAGCGGUAAGAAGCGCUCCGACCCUAGACAGGGCACGAUCGACCAGGACCCGGAGUUUAUGGCCUUCCUCCUGUCGUUAACGAACCCGGAGAUGGAGAGGGAGAACGAGAACAGCGAGGGCAAGGAUACGGAGGAUUCGAAGCCCGAGGCCAAGGUCACGACGACGCCCUUAAUCGAGUUUAUCAAGGAGAAGAAGGCGAACAAGCAAAAGGAGGCCGCUGCCGCUAAGAGCGCCAAGCAGGCCCGUCAGGAUUCAAACACUAAGGGCAAGGCGUCGGCAUCAAAUGCGGAGGAUUCAAAGAAGGGCAAGAAGGACUCCAAGGGAGAGAAGUCGGCCGACAAGCCCAAGGAGACGGUCAAGAUUCUCACCAAGAAGGCCGCCGCGGAAGCUGCCAAGGCCGCCGAAACAGUCGCCAGCCAGAUCACCCAGGCCUCUUCAUCCUCUCAGGAUGCGCCCAAGAGUCGGCGGGCUGGAAUUGCGGCCGCCGCACGCAUUUUGCAGAGAGAUCUCGGCAUCAGUCCGGGAAGUGCCCAUAGGAGGGCACGGCUGGACGCUGCCAAGGCUGAGGCGGAAGCCAAGGCGACGACGACGAAGGAGGCACCGCAACCAGCGGCCGCACCCCCGGCACCAAAUCCGGCACCCGCCGCGGCGCCAGCUCAUUCGCCCGCGGCCGCUCCUCAGACAUCGGAACGGAGCACAACGCCCACGGCGCCCAAGUCGGGCCGUUCUCGCAGAGGUGGUGGCGGUAAGAACGCGGGUGCUAGCGAUUCUAAGAGCAAGUCGACCGAGGCAAGCUCCAGCAACGCACCAGCGCCUGCCAAGGCCCCUGUCGUGUUGCUCAAGAACAAGGACGAGGAAAAGAACAAGGAGAAGGGCUCCAAGGCAGACAAGGAAGCAUCAAGCUCGGCGUCGCAGUCUGCCGCACCGGCAACGAAUGCGAAGUCUAACCCCUCGACCAGCGCUAAGUCCUCAGGCAAGGGCGGCGGCAACUCGAAGAAGAGCUCAGCUGUCGUCACCCCCGGCGUGACGCGCGGUUUCGUCAAGCAUGCAAACCCGUCGCAGGGCGUCACCGAGGCGCUCCUGAAGCAGGCCAUGGAGGUCUUCGGCACCGUCACGUUCGUCGAGAUCGACAAGCGCAAAGGCUUCGCUUACGUCGACUUCUCCAACCAUGACAGCCUCGUCAAGGCAGUCACUGCGAGCCCGGUACAGGUCGCCCAAGGCACUGUUCAGGUCCUCGAGCGGAAGGAGAAGAAGCCCUCGGCGCCCAGUUCGAACGCCAAGUCGGAAACCAGCGGCGCCAACGCCAACGCCGGCGCGACGAGCUCCAACUCGGCCGCACCCUCGGGUCCCGGGUCGGGCAACAACGCGACCCCGUCUGAGAAACCGGAGCACCACAAGCGAACCAGACGCGGCCGCGGUGGGGGCAAGGCCGCCGCGAAUGCGUCGGGCAGCAACAGCGGCAACAAGGAUGCGCGCAACGAGCCCGCCGCCUCGACUGCAGGUACGGGAUGA